AGUAGUUUAUAAAUGCCCUUGACCGUUUUAACGCGGACAGAACUGUUAGUUGCUCUAACAUUCAACAUGGCCACCUGAUAUGUAGCAGACGAUACAGGUGGUAUGAAAAAUUGUAAAUAAAAUUCAGUUUUACUUUUAAUUAUGAGUGGACGUGUGCAGAAAGAAAGUGGCGAUGAAUCUGAUCGUAUUGAAGAUGCAGUGGAUCCUAGAGUGCAGAUUGAACUUGAAAGAUUAAAUACUGCUACUGAUGAUAUUAACAAACUUGAAGUUGAUUUGGAUGAAGCAAGAGCAACUUUUAGGGAAUUACUUUGUGAAUCUACAUUAAAAAUUGAUAGCUUAGCUAAGAAACUUGGUACAUGUAUUGAUAAAUCUAGGCCAUAUUAUGAUGCUAGAUUUAAAGCAAAAGAAGCUUUACAUGAAACACAAAAGGCUGCAAUUAGAUUUGAAAGAGCCAAUAGUCAGCAUGCAGCAGCAAAAGAAAUGGUUUACUUAGCUGAAGAAGGAUUAAGAACAGAGGGAAGAUGUUUUGAUCAUGCUUGGCAGGAAAUGUUAAAUCAUGCAACUGCCAGAGUUAAUGAAUCUGAGCAUGAACGAGCUUUAUCAGAAGCAGAACACAGACAUACUACUGCUCUAUAUCAUAAAGCAGAACAUGAAGUUCAAAGAUUACAACGUGAACUAAAACGUGCAAUUGCUAAAUCUAGUAUGGGUGCACGUCGCAGCUUGCUUCUGAUAAACAGUAUCGCCUACAGGCACAACUUGCUCAUGUUGCCAUAUUACGAAAUGAAAGCGCAUUUUAAUCAAAUGUUGGAAGAACAAAAAUUAAGAGUAAGUGCAUUAGAAAGAUCAGUUGGUGAAGCUAAAAUGACGUAUGCAGAAGCACUCAGAAAUUUAGAAAAAAUCAGCGAUGAAAUUCACAGGACUAGAAAAUAUGAUGGAGCGGAUGAUUUUGAUAAAUCUUCGAGAGAUACCAUUGACCAACAACCUUCUUUACAACCCAAUACAACAACUUCAACUGAUUCUAGCGUUACUGGAUCACCCGAUAGUACAGAUUAUACUAGUGAUGAAUACUUACGCCUUCCUGAUAAGAUGAGUCCUAAUACACAAUGCCCUGUGCCUACAAGAAUCGAUAGAGAGCUUUCUUCUGAAUAUUUGGGCCUAAGCAAUUUGAAUCUCUCAUCCACAGAACCUCGAAAAUAUAUAAAGCGAGACCGUCCAAAAAGCAUUGCAGCAACUGAUACAAAACAUAUCAUAACGCUAAAUCAGACAAGUUCUUCAACUUCAAGAUUAUCAGACUUAUCAAAUAUUCUUUCUCCUAUAGAAAAACGAGUAAAAAUACAAACACCAGUAGAUACAAAAAAUACUAAUACUACAGUACAAAAUGGAGAAGAAUGGACAGAAAUUAGUUUAAAUAAUUCUCCAGACGAGAUAUAUUACAAUAAUGAAGUAUAUUCUGACGAUGAAGAUCAAAUUCCUUACAAACCAUUACCAAUGGACUUAAGUCCGGAAAGUAAUAAUCCACCUGUUAAUGGUGCAAAUAUUGAAUCAUUCAAUGAAUUAUCUAGUCGAAAAAAAUUAGUAACUCAAAAAUCAUUACCUACUAUGCCAAAAGGAAACGAAAUUAGUUUAAGCAAUGAAAAGAAAAUAGAAGUAACAAGAAGUCCAUCAAUAAAAAAUAAAAGUAAACUUGAUACUAGUUUAACUAAUUGGAUAACCAGAAGUUCUGCUGGUAGUGAGGCUAGCGGAGGCAGUUCAGCUAAUUCGAGUAGAAGACAAUCUCUUGAUAUGUUAUGGAGUGCCGGCACGGGAGAAAAAGUAAAAGAGUUUCUCAAUCAUGGAAUGAUGAUAUUGAACAUAUCUAGCCUUACAGAUCGACGUUCUAACGAGCCAAAGAUAGUAGAUAGGGAUAAGGAAAAAUGUGAAAAAUCUGAAAAAGUGGAAGGAAAAGGAAAAAAAGUUCCUAGUCCAUUGGAAAAAACAAUGACCUAUCUUAAUGCUGAUGAAGAAACAUCCGAUAGUGAAAGUUUAGCAAGUGUGGAAAUGUUAACGGAGGAUCAGAUUUCUUCACUUAUGAUGGAACCUGACAUGAAUCAAGUAUGUCAAGAAAUUUUAGGAACACCUUUAGUUGAAGUGUGUCCAUUAUUGCAACAAUUGCAACAACAACAAUAGCACUACUUUUCUUGACAUUAAUGAUUUAAUCGAGUCGAAACAAAAAAAUAAUAGAAA